CACUUCCCCAAGAGGACCCUGAUGUGGUUGUAGUGGAGCCUUCUCAAGUAAGCGAUGAUUCUUUGGCUAUGAAAGACUUGAAAUCCCCCACAAGCGAAAGCUGUGGCCCUUCAGAGUUUGAAGACACUAAAGCACUGACUGAGCCGGGUAGCUCUCCUCCAUUUGUAAAUUUGCCAGGACCACUGGAUCAUUCUUCACCAAAGCGACAUUGGGAUGGACUGAAUCCAGAUACGUUGCAGUCUACCUCUGGUCUAACAUACAGUCAGUCAAGAGAAAGUGUAUGCAGUAUGAGGAGAGCCUCUUCAGUCCAUGAUAUUGAAGGAUACCAUGUUAACUCUAGGAUUAUAUUUAGGGAUCGACAUGCAAGUGAAGACAACGGACGAAUUAUUAAAGGACCUUUUAAUCAUAUCAAGUCAAGCCUAUUGGGCUCCACAUCAGAUUCUAAUCUCAACAAGUAUAACACAAUUAGCAAGAUUCCUCAAAUUACCCUGAACUUUUCUGAUAUAAAAGCUGAAAAGAAGAGCUCAUCCCCACCUUCAUCAGAGAAGACCAUCAUUGCACCUAAAGUGAAGGAAAGGACACACAACGUGACAGAAAAAGUAACACAGGUUCUAUCUCUGGGAGCUGAUGUUUUACCAGAGUACAAGCUUCAGACUCCUCGCAUCCACAAGCUCACCAUCCUGCACUAUAGUCCUUUCAAGGCUGUCUGGGAUUGGCUAAUUCUACUACUAGUAAUUUACACAGCUAUCUUCACUCCCUACUCUGCAGCCUUUUUACUUAAUGACAGGGAGGAGCAAAAGAGAAGAGAGUGCGGAUACUCCUGCAGCCCACUGAAUGUCGUAGAUUUAAUAGUGGAUAUUAUGUUCAUUAUUGAUAUUCUAAUAAACUUCAGAACAACUUAUGUAAACCAAAAUGAAGAAGUGGUCAGUCAUCCAGCAAAAAUUGCAAUUCACUACUUCAAAGGCUGGUUCCUCAUUGAUAUGGUUGCUGCUAUACCUUUUGACCUCCUGAUUUUUGGAUCUGGGUCAGAUGAAACAACAACAUUGAUUGGUCUUCUGAAGACAGCCCGUCUGCUGCGCCUGGUGAGGGUUGCCCGUAAAUUAGAUCGAUACUCUGAAUAUGGGGCUGCGGUUCUGAUGCUGCUCAUGUGCAUAUUUGCCUUGAUUGCUCACUGGCUCGCUUGCAUUUGGUAUGCCAUUGGGAACGUGGAGCGGCCAUAUCUGGUACACAAAAUUGGCUGGUUGGAUUCUUUAGGACAACAAAUAGAAAAACGAUAUAAUAUCAGCGAUGCUAGCUCUGGACCAUCCAUCAAGGAUAAAUAUGUGACAGCACUCUACUUCACUUUCAGCAGUCUGACAAGUGUUGGUUUUGGGAAUGUGUCUCCCAACACUAACUCGGAGAAGAUCUUUUCCAUCUGCGUCAUGCUGAUUGGCUCAUUAAUGUACGCCAGUAUCUUUGGUAAUGUCUCAGCAAUUAUCCAAAGGCUUUAUUCUGGAACAGCAAGGUAUCACAUGCAAAUGCUUCGAGUCAAGGAAUUUAUACGCUUUCAUCAGAUUCCCAAUCCUCUCCGUCAGAGGCUAGAGGAAUACUUCCAACAUGCCUGGACGUAUACAAAUGGCAUAGAUAUGAACAUGGUCCUCAAGGGAUUUCCUGAAUGUCUACAGGCAGAUAUAUGUCUCCACCUCAACCAGGCAUUACUUCAGAACUGCAAGGCAUUCAAAGGUGCCAGUAAGGGCUGCCUACGAGCUCUGGCUAUGAAGUUUAAAACCACACAUGCUCCACCCGGUGACACAUUGGUUCACAGUGGGGAUAUUCUCACUGCACUCUACUUCAUCUCUAGGGGUUCCAUAGAAAUCCUAAAGGAAAAUAUUGUAGUCGCAAUUCUUGGGAAAAAUGACAUCUUUGGUGAAAUGAUCCAUCUUUAUGCAAGACCUGGGAAAUCUAAUGCUGAUGUACGAGCAUUGACUUACUGCGAUUUGCACAAGAUCCAGAGGGAAGAUCUUUUAGAAGUUUUGGAUAUGUAUCCAGAAUUUUCUGACUACUUCUUAACAAACCUAGAACUCACCUUCAACCUGCGAGAUGAAGGUUCAAAGGCAGACAUGCUACUCAGAUCAGAAACAAGUGAUGAUUCAGAUGAGGAGAUUCCCAGACCUCGAAGAAGAAAGCUAUCCUUCAAAAAGAAAACAAAUGAAGAAGAUAAUGAAGAUGACUGUGAGAUCCAUGAAGCAUCUCAAGAUAUCUCGCAAGGUGACCGGAGAAAUUAUUAUAAAAGACGAGAUUUAGAAGAAAAGCGGAGUGCGUCAUCGUCAUUUUCUACCUCUGUUGAUGAGGAAAAGAAACCAUUAUGUUCUGGCAUAUUGGACUAUCCUUCAGAGAUAGAAGAGAGCUGCAGGCUGGGGUUUGCACAAGGAGCUGAAAUGCAAAGCAGAAAAGCUGAAAGAAGAACCAAGAUAACAGAUGCCAACGAGAGACUGAAAGAUUGGGAAGGUGGAAGGCCAGCAGAAUACCCUGAUAUGUCUACGCAGUCAGCAUCUUCUCAUGCAGCUCGUGGUGUCUCAGAAUCAGGAAGCGAUAUAACAUAUGGAGAGGUUGAGCACAGACUAGAUUUACUUCAGGAACACCUCAGCAGGCUGGAAACACAAAUGUCUACUGACAUUCAUACCAUCUUGCAGUUACUACAACGGCAAUCCAUGUCGGGACCACCUGCAUAUAGUAUGGUAACAGCCACAAGAGAUUAUCAAAGAUCCUCUGCAAGGAUGGUACAGACAGUUCAACCAGUGGCAUCUGUAACAACAGAACACAGCUUCCCAACAACACCACAGAAUUCGAGCAGCAGUUUACGAAGAAGAAUGAGAAUUAUGUUACCUAUUUUUGGUCCUUUGGACAAUACGAACGUAUAG